GCUAAGUUCAACACUGGUCACAUUACUGUAGAAGCAGAAGGUUCACUGACAACACAACGGAGGAGGAAAGAGCACUGCAAAUCUGUGGGUGAAAACACCUACAGGCUCAAACAUCGAUCUUAUUUGUGUUUGUAUCUCAUGCCCGUCAAAACAAGAACUCGUGGAUCGAAAAAACUCUACAAUUCCUGGGCAUAAGAAAACCCCACCUCUCUAUUCAUCAACAAGGCUUUGAUCCUUGGUUUCUUUAUCUAGCCAUGAGAAGAAAAUCUGAUUUUCUCAUCUUCCAAAUAGAAACCAGACUGGGUUUUGUUAUGGAAAAGAUGUGAUUUCACAAACUCCUUCACUGGUCAAAACCCACUUCAUCUUUCACUAGUUCUUUGCAUACCAUAAGCAAGGCUUUGACGUGGGUCGUCGUCGUUAGCAGUGUCUUGGGCUCUUGGAAUCUCCAUCAUCCUUCACUUUCAAGCAACAAAUCUUUAGACCCUUCGCUACUCGUAGCCGCUCUAUCCCCUUGCUGUAUCAUUUUUUAAUUGUUUUGCAGUUAUUUUGUCGAGAAUUUGAUCAAAUUCUAGGGCCAAACCACUCAUCUUCUUAAAUAAUCCGAUAUUUUUUUUAUUAAUUUUCUUAUAUAAAAAUUAAAAUGUUAUAAGCUUGUAAACUUCGUAUAAAGUGCAAUUAACCCUUUAAAAUAACUUCAUCAAAGGUUAUAGAAAAUAAAGCUGUCAUCAACUUCUUAUGGUAAAAACUCAAGGAUUCAAUAAUAGAAUAAUUUUUACCACCAAUGAUUAAACAAAUUCUAGCCAGAGGUAGUUGAAACUUGCCAAAGAAGAUGGAAGUAUGUCUAAGAAGAUUCUGUUUCUAAAGUCUGUCCCUUGCAGAUUCCAUCACACCAACUGUUUACUGUCCCUUAGUAUUUUGCACCUUCUUUCCUUGAAGAUUCCACACACACACACACACACACACUCUGACCCUAUCGCAUUCUCAUCCCUCAAAACAAAAGUACAAAGCACCACCUCAUAAAAAAAAACACUGAAAACUGCUAUUGAUGAAGCUCAAAUGAGAUGCACAGAUCAUCUUUUACAAAACUAAGCGAAAUCCAACAAUGCCAUCAUCUAAAAAAGAAGCCCUUUUCAUAGCUAGUCUUAUAGCCCUCUGGUACUCAUCAAACAUUGGUGUUCUGCUUUUAAACAAGUUCUUGUUAUCAAACUAUGGCUUUAGAUUCCCAAUCUUUCUCACAAUGUGCCACAUGUCAGCUUGUGCUAUACUUAGUUACUUAUCAAUUGUUUUCUUGAAGAUUGUGCCUUUGCAAGUUGUUAAAUCAAGACCCCAGUUGUUAAAGAUUGCAACUUUGAGUGUUGUUUUUUGUGGGUCUGUUGUUGGUGGCAAUAUUUCUUUGAGGUAUUUGCCUGUAUCUUUUAACCAGGCUGUUGGAGCUACUACACCUUUUUUCACUGCUGUUUUUGCUUACUUGAUGACUUUCAAGAGGGAAGCUUGGGUUACUUAUGCAGCUCUUGUUCCUGUUGUUGUUGGUGUUAUUAUUGCUAGUGGGGGUGAGCCAGGUUUUCACUUAUUUGGCUUUAUUAUGUGCAUAAGUGCUACAGCUGCAAGGGCCUUUAAGUCUGUUCUCCAGGGCAUCCUGCUCUCUUCUGAAGGAGAAAAGUUGAACUCGAUGAAUUUGCUGCUGUACAUGUCCCCGAUUGCUGUUUUAGUAUUAUUACCUGCAGCCCUUAUAAUAGAGCCGAAUGUAUUAGACGUCACUUUAGAACUUGGAAGGAAACAUCAGUAUAUGUGGCUGCUGCUACUUCUUAAUUCUACAAUGGCCUACUCAGCUAACUUGACAAACUUCUUGGUAACCAAGCAUACGAGUGCACUGACACUUCAGGUGUUAGGCAAUGCGAAAGGUGCUGUGGCUGUUGUUAUCUCGAUCUUCAUCUUCAGGAAUCCUGUAACAUUUGUGGGCAUCGCAGGGUACUCAAUGACUGUUCUCGGGGUAGUUGCUUAUGGAGAAGCAAAGAGAAGAUUUAGAUGAAUUAUCUACCUGAGUAACAGAUUAUUAUUUUCCUUUCACAGAGGAAUUAGUGAAGUUGUACGGGCUAAGAUGAUUUUAUUCAUAGGCACAACUGUACUGUAUUUAUGAUGUUUUCAAAGCAUAAUCACCAUUAUAUUCGAUUAUGUUCUCAAUAUUGAGGGUAAGAAAUUCAGUGGUUCCUUUCA